GCAACGGCCCCACAGUAAAGCUGGACCGGAACGCAACGGCCACGACGAUGAAGACUCGCCUGACGACGCUUACGUGGCGUGGAUCCGCAUCAGUCGAUCCACGGUUUUCCGCCGCAAUGCUACCGUGGUCCAUCGCCGACAUUAGAAACCACGAAAGUUAUGUAACGCUAUCUGUCGGUGUGGAGGAUGGAGUGCUGGCAGCAUACAACACGGACUUUGAGCUACAGUUCGAGCACAAGCUCAAGUACAUUCUCGGAUAUUGCAGAGUGAUCGUCAAGCAGGAAAAGGGCAAAAAGAAUUCCGACUUUCUAAUACCGAAAGCGGCCAGCACACGACCACAACCAAUCACGAUCGGCAAUGACAGUGUGGCGGAAAUCUUUGGACCGGAGUUUGGGCUGGUGUAUCUGCUGAAGAAUCCACAGGAUCCACUGCUGCACAUACACUUUUACGAGUGUGAAAAGUACGAGCAGAUGGCGGAACUGAUGCAGCAGAUGCGCGAUCCGGCUACGAUCGGGGGCGGCUCGGUUGGCAGCAUACCGCAGAGCAUCGUUUCGUCCAGCGCGAAUGCAAACGAUCUUCAGAAAGCACUCCGCAAUCAGGGCAUCCAUUCGACGCCCGCUUCCAAUUUGAAGAUCUCGGAACAGAUGCGCCACGCACAGCAUGACAGCAGCCCCACAGUGGCGUAUCAUCAGCAACACACACAACACCAACCACCACAUCCUCACCCGCAGCAGCAGCACCAGCAGUACCAGAAUGGGACUCCGAAUCGAUUGGCCACGUCGAAAAGCUAUUCCGGUGGUUUAAAUCAUUCGGCCGGCGGUGUGAAUGGUGGUGCGACUGGUAGCAGUAGCAUCUCGUCCAGCCUGUCCUCACUGCCGGACAUAUCGGCAAACAAUUCACACUUCUUCGAGGUGCUGUACGUCGGCAAGAUCAAGGUGUCGCACAAGCGCGUUCCGUACACCUUCAUCGAUGAUGCAUUGCCCAAGUUCAAGGCGUACGACGCGGAGAAGUUACGCCAGCAGCAGGAAGCCACGCGAAAGCAAAGCACACAUGUGAGUGAGGAAUCGUCUACGGAAGGUGAUAGUCCUCGGCGCAACGAGUCCGAUAAUACAGGCACGGAGUCAACACCACCGGCACCGGAUGAUCCGCCCGAAGUCUUCCAGGGUCGUCGUGUCAGCACGUUCGAUAUUCCAACGAAGAAGAUUGAGAAUGAUACCGUGGAAGAUAGCAAUGCGUCCGGCAGUGGUAAAGAAGAAUCUAAGGUGGAGGAAAAUGGCUCCGCAAACAUGCAGCAAGAGAAGCAACAGCAAGAGCAGGAACAGCCGCCCCAGCCCACAUCAGUAGCAGCUUCCAUAGCAGUAAUCACCAAAGAAACUAAGUCAGCAUCACCCCAAGAGGAGGAUGCACCAAUACGGCGCGACCGUUCCGCUUCCAUUGGAUCAAUACCGGUAGUUGAGCAGAACCGGACAAUGGUAUUCCUGAUCGGACAGUCCGAUCUGCGACUGAUCAGCCCGGACCGCAAGCAGGUGCUGCUGCACAAAGCGUUCCGCGAUGUGGCCAGCUGUGUGCAUGGGCACAAAAAUGGCGACCACUUCGGUAUCAUCUGUCGCGAUAUGAACAACGACGGUUACAUCGGGUACGUGUUCAAAUGCCAGUCCGAGCAGGUUGCGGACGAUAUCGUACACGCAAUCUCGCAAGCCUUCUCGGCUUGUUCGGAGCAAGCAAAGCAGAAGGACAAGGCCGCGUCACAGAUAUUCUCCUGCGAGCACUGUCCAAUGCUGUGGUACCAUAAGCUGUGCAUCGAUACCGAGGGCCUAAGCGACAAGAAGACACAGUACAUGAUCUUCAAGCGUAUCGAUACAACGCUCACGGAGGACGAACAGCGGCUGCUGAUGGAGAAGUACCGGGGAGCGGAAGAAGCGGCCGGCAGUAGCUUGGGAGAGCAAAAUCAGUUUCUGAUGAUGUUGCUGAGGGCACACUGUGAGUCAAAACAGCAGCGACACGUGCAUGAUACGGUUGAGCAUAGGACGGAGUUCCUGAAUCAGUAUCUCGGUGGCAGUGGUAUCUUUAUGAAGGCGAAACGUUCGCUUACCAGCUCGUUCGACCAUCUGCUGAAGAGGCGUACCAGCAGGGAUGAUUUUGUAGCAGGAAGUCUUAAGGAUUCAAGCUCGACAGGUGAGCUGAAGGAUGGUAGCUUUGAACCGGUAACCCGAGCUCGAGCAUCGACGAUCGGAUCAAGCCCUUCGAUGGGACGCAAGAAUUCGGACGUCGGCAAUGGGGCAACGCCACAGCUAAAGUCACCCAUGAUGGAUAUCUUCAUCAAGGUUGGCAAUAGUCCUCGAGAUCAUGGCCACGCUGGAUCAUGGCGGCAGGCGAUGCUGCACCGCGUAGUGACCCCAUCGAAGAAUAUGAAAGCUGGCCCAGAAGAAUAUAUGUCACCACUACGCUCGGCCGGCACACCAGCCAAGAAGCGUACUCGAGAAGAGCUGCGAGAACUUUGGCGCGUAGGCAUCAAGCAAACAAUCAUCUUGAACCGCAUGGACAAAGAGAACGCCCAUCUGCAAGCCCGCCAGCACGAGAUCAAAUCGAACGAGAUACGGCGCGUCAAGCUGGAGUACGACGAAAUAACGGUGUGCGAUAAGCGGUCGGCUGAACAGUGGGACACGCUGCUGGACAACUGCGCUGCGGGUUCAAUCCCAACCAAUCAGGCGCUUCUGUAUCAGGCGAUGAAGAAUGGUGUACCACGAACGAAGCGGGGUGAAAUCUGGAUGUAUCUGGCCGAGCAGCAUGCGCACCAUCAUCCGGCCCCGAUCGAUACGACCAACUUUCCGAACUUUAACACACCGUACCACGUGCUGCUGAAGAACUUGACCGAACACCAGCACGCCAUCUUUAUUGAUUUAGGUCGUACAUUCCCGGAUCACAAGUACUAUAAGGACGCACUGGGAGUCGGACAGUUGUCGCUGUUUAACCUGCUGAAAGCGUACUCCAUUCUCGAUCCGGAGCUGGGCUACUGUCAAGGAUUGGGAUUCAUUUGUGCCGUCCUGUUGCUGCACCUCGAAGAAGCUGAUGCAUUCGAGCUGCUCAAGCAUCUUAUGUUCCGACGACAAAUGCGCGCCAAAUAUCUUCCGGACAUGAAACAGUUUCAGCUGCAGCUAUACCAACUAUCCCGUCUGUUAAAGGAUCACAUACCCGAGCUGUAUGAAUGGUUCGACCAGCACGACAUUUCACCCACCCUGUACGCCGCCCCCUGGAUACUGACCGUCUUCAGCUCACACUUUCCGCUCGGCUUUGUGGUGCGUGUGUUCGAUCUGCUCUUUCUCGAAUCGUUCGACGUCAUCUUUCGGUGUGCGAUAGCGCUGCUGGAAGCGCACAAGGAAGCACUGCUGCAGCGUGACAAUUUCGAGGACAUUAUGGAUUACCUGAAGAACGUCAUUCCCAAGAUCGAUGCCGAGGUAAUGGAGAAGGUUUUUCGGAAUGUGUUCCGGUCCGAUUUCUCGCGUCAGCUGAUCGAAUCCCAGGUCGAAUAUAAUGUGCUGCAGGAGGAGAUGACGUCGCAGAAUCAUCACCGGGAAAGCUACAACCGACUGAAGGAGGAGUACCAGCAGCUCAACACGCAGCUUCAGUACUCGCAGUCGAAUCUGAUGCAGCUAGAAAAGACGCGACUGUUGCAGCAGGACCAGAUACAAUCGCUGCAAACGCAGGUCCAAACGUUGGAGAACACCGUCCACACGCUUGUGCGGUUCAUCGAGCAAACGGUCGAUGCACGGUCGGACGCUGUGCUGCCCAAUGAUGUGUGUCGCAUUGUGCAACAGGUGCAGGAUCUGCAGCAGCAGCAGCAGCAGCAACAACAGCAAAAGAAACGCUCACCAAUAUUCGUCGAUCGGAAGAUUGGCAAAUCGAUCUCGUUCAACAGCAAUCUGGGCCUGGCGCUGAACGUGCUAGAGGAAGGGAACGAACCGGACGGUCCCGGUACGCCAACUAAGAAGAAGCAACCCUACUUCCAAAACUCCUUCACCCAGAUCCGCCAGCAGCAGCAGCGGACCAGCCUUUGGCUGCACAAGCUCGACGAAUGUAACAGCACCAGCCCGGAGCAUGGCGUCGGUAAUAGUGUAACGGGCGGCAGUACCGGUGGACUAUCGUCGGCCAGCAUGAAAGCACUGUCCGGCAACAGUGACGAUAGUGGUAUAGCGACCCCAAUCAGCCCACAGCUGCAUGCACCCUCGACCACACCAAUGGUAGCCGAAAGCCGACCGCUAGUACCGUUCGAAAACCAUCCACUCAGCAGCUGUGGUGAUGUAGCGGUACAGUACAACGGUACGACACAGCUAAAGACGCUGAAGCCACGGUCCCAGUCACGGCACGGUUCCGUCUCAUCGAUCGUAAGCGAAACGGGCAAUGAACCACGGCCCCAAGUUGUGACGGAUCGAAGUUAAC